UUUGCAACGAUUGACAUUUUGUCAUUCAAAAUUCUGUGGGUACUGGAAUGGUGUUGAAGGUUCUGGAGGUAUUCUUUUUAAGCCCUUAGGAAAGUCAUGAACGAAAUUGAAGACAGCCUUUGGUGCUACCUGCCUUACCCAGCGCUGUACAAAAUUUUCCAGCAUCUAAGCUACAAGGAGCUGAUAUCGACUGGGAACGUGUGUAAACUGUGGUACCAAGCUAGCAGGAAUGAUCUGCUCUGGAGGGAUUUGUUUUACCAAAAUUUCUUGGUGGAUAGAUCGGUGCCCGUGGUGGCAGGCAAAUCCUGGUACGAAGAGUUUAAAAGGCUCUGCUAUAAGAUACCUGUUGUACAAACAGAAACAUUGACUGAACAUACUCAUCAGGUUUUGCAUGUGAGUUUUUCUCACAACGGAAAGUAUUUCUCCACAUGUUCUAAAGAUGGGUUUGUCACGGUGUGGAACUCCAGCUACCCAGCGUCAAUAAAGUACAACAAAAACAUGAAACAUUACAAAUGGAAAUACACACAGUUUUCGCAGUUCAAUGAGACGGACACUCUGUUGUUGGUGUCAGGAGUACACUUUGGAACCGUUCACAGUACCUCAGGAGAGAUAGCGGUCUUUAAUUUAGAUGGCUUUUAUCUUCAGUGCCGCGUAGUCAAUAAACCUUACGAUAUUUUCGGCACGUGGUACAGCGACCAAUAUCUUCUAUCUGGUGACUUGCAUUGGUUGGCGCAUCUGGUGAGCAGCUCGCAUUUGUGGCUUAAUCGUGCAUCCCAGGAAGCAGAUUCCGAACUGGACAUGUUCCAGGUUCCUAUCACUCACGGCUUGUUCCGGUUCUACAAUCGAAAUGCCAGCUCGAUAAGGGCUAUAAUGAUUGCCAAUUGUCUGCCCAAUUCCGAAAAUAUUAACUCGGAAGAAACGGAAUACGCAGGAGUUCCGGUGGAUCAAGGAGUCAUUUUCGAACAUGGAAACCCCGUCAGUCACCGGGAUAUGGGUAACUUGCCGAGUACAAGUAAAUCAGUGUUUGACGAAAUACCCAUUCUAAACCCCAUGAGGAAUGGUGAUGAUUUCGCCAACCCGAUUUGGUACAAUUCGGAGUAUCGUAAGGUUGAAGUCGAGCAGAGCGGGGCAGCAGGUGACGACAGUGACUACGAAAUGGAUCAAGAUGAUAACAAUAAGGAUGAAGGGUUCGAUGAUGACGACCGUUCCACAUCAAGUGACGAGGCUGACGCUUUCAACGACAAGUAUUUGAUAUUCACCACAGGGAACAAGACAUACACGCCACAUCAGAUUGGAUUCAAGCGAAUAAAACCGUUCGUGUUUCCUAAAAAAAUGGACCUUGGACCCACAUUGAAAGAACGUCUGGUCUUACAAGAGCAGCGCAAAGAACAAUUGAGAUCGGCAAGUCCGUCGCAGGACCCCGAUUGGCUCGAUUUCGAUAAAGUCGCAGACAAGUUCGAUAAAAUCGAUCAUUUGAUCGAUUUGCACGGACAUAUUGUCGGCAUGGGCCUCAGUCCUGACCAUAGAUAUCUCUACGUGAACAGCAGGUCUUGGCCGGAAAACUACGUCAUUAACAACCCGUUGGAUCCACCACCAAUCGCCCAGGAAAUCGAUAUUCACGUAAUAGAUUUGGUAACUCUGAAACAGGUUGGAACAAUGCUGAGGGCUCACAAAGCAUACACGCCGAAUAAUGAGUGCUUUUUCAUAUUUCUGGACGUGUGUAACGAAUAUGUGGCCAGCGGAGCUGAGGACAAACAUGGAUAUAUGUGGGAUCGACACUACGGAGUGUGCAUAGCUAAAUAUCCUCAUCAGGACGUGGUCAAUUCGGUCGCAUUCAAUCCGAGUGACCCGGAAAUGUUGGUGACCACUUCGGACGAUUUCAAAAUUAAGAUUUGGCGCUCCAGGUCUAAGGUGAAGGAACUGGGACUGGAUGUCCGGGAUUUUCCCAUGGGCGUUGAAUUGAGGAAAACUCCGCGGAAACAAGGUGGUGGCACUAGAAGGAGAAGUGUAAACUAUUCACCACAUAGGGCUAGGUAAUAACACUGUUUAAAUGCCCAGGGUUGUAUAUAGUUAUUAGUUUAGCCAUACACUAAUUAAGCGUUUUAAUUUAUUCGGCGCGACCAUCAAAAUACUCACUUUUUGUACUCUAAUGCUCGGAGCACACAUACGACCUUCUCUCGUUGCAGUUUUAAGUCCUAAGAAAUAAGCUAGGAGAGUGAGAGAGUAAACAAGGAGUAAAUUAUGGGCCGCUCAAUUUUUGGACAAGCUGUAAUACUUAUAAUGCAGCGUUAGAUUUUAGCAGUCUUAAAUAGUCAUGAAAAUGUAUAACAUUUUUGAAAAUCGGCAAAAGAAAGGGGCGCCUUUUUAAACAGCAUUUGCGUUUGACCUCCGUGCAUCCGUUUCUACGAUGAUACGGAAGUGUUAAAAUACUUUCGUAACAUCGUACAAACGGAUGCAUGGGACACGGGCUUUUGGCAAUAUCAAGUCAGAUUUAUAGUCGCCGUAAGGCAAAACGUAGGCCUAAGACGGAAGAAAAUAAACCAAUGAAUAGCAGUGUAUGCAUUCAUAGUAGCAGAAUCGAAUCGGAAAACGUAAGCCGCAAAUUCGGAAAUAGUUCAAUUCAAUUUCUUCCGUUACGUCUUACGUACAGCGUUUCAAUCCCGCAACUUUUCAAGCUACCAGCUGGCAAAUGUUGCAUUGCAAACCUGGCAAUGAUUUCUGCAGAUCAGUCUUUAUCUAUGAUUAGAUAAUAACAGAAUAUCGUGUAAUAAUCAUAUCAAUUUGCUGUUUUUCCUUACGUUUUACGUUAUGGCCACUAUAAUUUCAGCUUAAAGCUUGGCGACCCUUUCGAAAAAUGCUGCUCUGGUUACCUUCAAGCUCCUUUUGUUUGGGCAUUUCACGUCAAAAAGUUGCCAAUAACGAGUCGUUCGAUUGGACAGUAGAUAGGCCAAUCGGAAGGUAAGACGAUCCGCGAUCCAUUUUUCUUUGCAUUAGAAAUAAAACGCGACGUAUUUCUAGGUAAUUGUUAGAUAGUAAAUUAGGCAUUCUUUACAUUGUUACGCGUUGGUGCUUAUACAAUUUUGUAAGAAAUUCUUUAUUUCCCCUAGCUUGAUUUUGUGAUUAACCUGUCGGCUUAAAACGUGUCUGUACUAAAAACCAGUUUUAUAUUGAACUAAUGGUUUCCGAUAAAUUUCGAUAAAUGUGUACCGAUUUUUGCAAAUAUACAUUACUGUGAUCUUA